AUGAAUGUCGAAUGGUAUCCAUACGACAUACAACAAUGUGAGCUAAAAUUUGGCAGCUGGACGUAUAGUGGCACACAACUGGACCUGAUGCAUCUGCUCUCGGAUGAUGUGAAAUAUGUGGUUCGUAGGAACGAGAGCGAAUGGGACGUAGAGCGAGGAGUUGAUGUUUCAGGCUAUCAGGAGUCGGUGGAAUGGGACCUGCUUUCCGUUCUUGGCACUCGUCACGAAAAAUGGUAUCCUUGUUGUGAUUAUCCGUGA